AUGGACCCUGAGGAACUCUAUACGAAGCAAAGCUGCAUUGGAGGGGGAAGCUUCGGAAAAGUAUACAAAGGAGUGGACAAGUGCACAGGGCAGGCAGUGGCCAUCAAGGUCAUCGAUGUGGAAAAUGCCGAAGACGAAGUGGAAGACAUCAUACAAGAAAUCUCGAUCCUCUCGGAAUUGCAGUCGCCAUACGUGACAAAAUACCACGGCUCAUAUCUGAAAGGCUCGGACCUAUGGAUUAUCAUGGAGUUUUGCUCGGGUGGUAGUUGCUCUGACCUGAUGAGGCCCGGCCUGAUUCACGAAGACUACAUCUGCAUCAUCGUUCGAGAACUACUCAUGGGUCUGGACUAUUUGCAUUCCGACAAGAAGUUACACCGAGACAUCAAGGCUGCCAACGUGCUUCUGGGACAGAACGGCCAGGUCAAACUCGCGGAUUUCGGCGUGUCAGGACAACUCUCGGCCACCAUGACCAAGAAGAAUACCUUUGUGGGCACUCCCUUCUGGAUGGCACCUGAGGUUAUCAAGCAGUCAGGCUAUGAUCACAAGGCGGAUAUCUGGUCUCUCGGUAUUACGGCAAUCGAAUUGGCUCAAGGAGAACCGCCCUACGCUGACAUUCAUCCAAUGAAAGUGCUUUUCCUGAUCCCAAAAAAUCCUCCUCCUACUUUACAGGGAAACUUCUCUCGAACAUUCAAGGACUUUGUUGAGCUCUGUCUCCGCCGAGAUCCCAAGGAACGACCCUCGGCCAAAGAGCUGCUGAAGCACCCGUUUGUGAAGAAAGCAAAGAAGACGACCUACCUUACCGAGCUCAUUGAGAGGAACGAAAGAUAUAUGGCAACUCGCGGCAAUCGUACCUCUGAUGAUGAGGAAGAGGACGAAGAACCUGUAAGAGCCGCGACUCAUCAACCAGAGGAUGAGGACCUAUGGGAUUUCGGUACUGUGCGACCGGUUGGAGGUCGUGGCCCGGGACUUCGACCGAUGAACGACUCUGCAACCAAUGCAAGAGCUUUUGCAGAGCCAGCUGCCCCUGCAAAGAGCCUCUCGGACUGGGACGAGACAGUAAAAGUCCCGUCAUCGCCUCAGAAAUCGCCAGUCAAAGGUGCAUUCCCAGCCUCUGCAAAGGUGUCACUACCUCCAUCUCCUGCAAAAGCACCGGUCCCUGUCCCCAGCGAGAAUAGGGCCCCAUCCGAAGUGUCUGCACCUUCCACUACCCCGAAAACGCCAGCCGCUCGAGUAGCGACUCAAAACCCACCGUUGCCACCGCACAAAGACAGUCCUGGGUCGAAUGAAUACAACAAAGCAUUCCAGGCUCAGCUGGCCAAAGAUAUGGGGUUCUUAAAGAUCGAUGCCGAGAAUAGUCCAAAGUCACCGCCAUGUCAAGGGCAGACUCCUCCAGGAAAGAAGCCCCAUAUGGUCAUCCCGGAAAUCCCGCCGUUCAAGGGGAAGCCAGGACGUGGUGAGCCAGUGCAAAAGUCUCAACAACCUGCAUCUUCCAGACCCGUCAGCCAACAACCCCUUCCAUCCUCGGUAUCCAUGCUUUCCAAUCAAUUGGCAGUGGGCCCUGCAUCAAUCGCCAACCAGCAGCCACUGCCACCACUCACAACAAAAACAAAUGUAUCCCAAACAACCACAUCUGGCGCGAGCAGCACAUCUGCACAACCACUGCGGCCGGACCCGAAUCAGGAGCUCACCGCUCUCAACUCGGUCCUGAUACCGGCUCUUGAAGCAGCAAUGCACCGCCGGACGUAUAUGUUGAAAGAACUUGCCCGAACAAGUAAGUUGAGCUCGUCGGCGGCCGCGGAAUUGCACCAGCAGAGAGUGCAAACACAUGAAAAGGUUCGUAAGCUUGCUGCCAAAGUGGCGGGUGUGUUCCACGAGCUCCAGAAAUGCGACGAAGAACUCCCUGUUGGUAUGGGAGGCGGCGUGACGGAGUUCCUGGAGGGCUUCUUGGAGGAAAUCCUGGUCCGGGUUGAGGCGGCUGAUGAGCCGGAGCCCAGUCCUCCUAAAAAGGCAUGA